ACAAUCUUCGGUAUCUUGAUCUGCGAGCUCCACCAUCUCGUCUCCAACACUCUUCUUCUGAUUAAUUCAACCCGUUAUUCCCGCGACCCUCCGACGUGUCUAUCGCAGCCCUCGGUCUUACCGUAUCACAGGCAGCCGAGGCUCGAGGUAUCUUUCCGUUUCCAGACGUAGCAAGCUCGUCGGUGCGUGGCAGCUGAAAUCUUGAGACGGGUGGGGCUGGGUGUUCACAUUUCUGACUUUACGCUCGCAUCCAGACCUGCAAGACAUAUAAGCUGGCUUUCCUCAAGUCCCCGAGAUCAUUGUCGUCAUCGCUGCGCUCACCAGCAAGCUUCGUCAAAGCCUGCCACCGCCCUGUCUUUACGCAAAAAGCACCGACCGACGUCGACACGCACACAAAGCAUCUACAAAGAAAGGACAUACUAUAUAGAACCAUGGCGACUCUUGGUGCUCAGCGCAAGCACAAGGUGACCAUUGUAGGCUCUGGCAACUGGGGCACCACAAUGGCCAAACUUGUGGCCGAGAAUACCAAGGCCAACCCUUCUCUGUUCGAGGAGCAGGUGCAGAUGUGGGUAUUCGAAGAAGAGUACACGGUUCCCAAGACCUCGCGACACUACGAUGGCUCAGACAAGCCUGAGAAGCUUUCGCAGCUCAUCAACAGAGUCCACGAGAACGCCAAAUACCUGCCGAACAUCACGCUGCCUCCGAACGUAAUUGCAAACCCCGACCUACCUGACUCUUGCAAAGACUCGACGAUGCUCGUCUUCGUGCUGCCCCAUCAGUUCAUUGCUAGGACAUGCUCCCAGCUGUCAGGCAAGAUCCUGCCAUAUGCUCGAGCUAUCUGCUGUACAAAGGGCGUUGAUGUGAGCGAGAAGGGCAUCCAACUCAUGUCUGAGGCUAUCGGAAAGGGCUUGGGUAUCUACUGCGGUGCUUUGUCAGGUGCAAACAUCGCUUCUGAGAUUGCCAAAGAGCUGUAUUCCGAGACCACUGUCGCAUAUGACCCGCCACCGAUGGACUCCCGUCAUCCUACACCAAGCGGGUCACCAAGCUCUUCGCAAGUCAACCUGAUCAAUCCAGAGAUUGAGCCUGGCAAACGAUCUGCCGAACUGACCCCUGUACCUUCCGAGUAUCCCCCGCUUUCGCAUGAGAAUAUUCGCAAGCUCUUUCAUCGCCCUUACUUUCAUGUACAUUUGGUAAACGAUGUUGCUGGCGUGUCGCUCGGCGGAGCGCUGAAAAACAUCAUUGCCCUCGCGGCUGGUUUCGUGGACGGUUUGGGCUGGGGUGACAAUGCCAAGGCAGCUGUCAUGCGUGUAGGAAUCCUCGAGAUGGUCAAGUUUGGCAAGACCUUCUUUGGAGAGAGUGCUCGCACUAGCACUUUCACCGAAGAAAGCUGUGGUGUGGCUGAUGUCAUCACAUCUUGCUCAGGCGGUCGCAACUUCCGCUGCGCAAAGAUGGCCGUUGAGCGCGGGGAGUCUAUUGGUGCCAUUGAGGAGAAGGAACUCAAUGGCCAGAAGCUGCAAGGUACCAGCACUGCCAUCGAGGUGAACCAAUUCUUGAGGUCGCAGGGCAAGGAGGCAGAUUUCCCGUUGUUCACUGCAGUCUUCAAAAUCUUGGAGGGUAAGGCGAAGCCAGAAGACAUCCCUGAGCUCAUUGAACCAAAGCAUUGAGCCUGCGACGUGUUCCGAGGUGGAGCAAUCCGAUGGAUUCGCCUGCAUGUGGACACAUUUCUAAGCAAUACCCACUAUAGAUUUCAACGCACCCACAGUCAUGGUUCUUAGCGGAGCAAGCACGUUUCAAUGCAGAGAUCUGACGUUAAGUUCCACAUCAUCGGUACGAAUGCUGCUUGCACAAUAUAAGUGCACGUGACUCCCUGAGUCAAGUAGGUAUGUAUGCCUAUGCGACCGAGCACUGUUGAGUAGCCCAGAUGGGAUUUUAUCAUUUAGGCUGCGAAAUUCCGGCGUUGACACAAAUGCAACAUGCUGACACACUAGUAUGAUCAUAUCUCCGUGAUUACAGUAGUCGCACAAGCUUUGAGGGCAUGGGCAACGACGCAGAUGUCUGAUGCGUCCAAGGGUGCUGAAUGCAAAGCAGACAGUCUUCGUCAAACACAUUUGAGCGUCAUGCAAUUGUGCGCAUAGCUGCC